AUGGGUCGAAAGCGUUCGGCGAGAGGAACGGAUCAAAAUGCGAAUAGCAAAGUGUUAAUCAAACAGGAGGUUACCAUUGAUGAUGAUGAAUAUGGGGUUGAUACUAAUUCACAGAAAACAAGAAUGGCGAGCAGCAGUAGUAGCCGUAGCAGAAGUAGAACGAGAACGAGAAUUCCAAAUACGGCCGAGCCGAGAACUAGUGCUCCGACUACUAGUAUACCGAGCCCUAUCACGCCAAGCACGAGCACGCCGAGCGUUAUUGUUCAAAGCAGCAGUAUGCCAGAGACUAGCAAAAACAGCAAAAAAGGCGGCAAACGGGGAUCGCGGACCGAGACAAUUCUCAAGGGUCUUACGGAUAGCCUCACCACAUUCUACACGCCUAUGGCGGAACGACGAGGCACCAAGCAAGUGCUCAAAGUUGGUGGAGAAGUACUAUACAGUAGCGAUGAGGAUGAUAAGCAAGCAGUUCGACGAAGAAUCGAGGAAAUGCGAAAAAAGGAGCAUAAGAAGAGAAAGAAGAAGGCGGAGACGACGCAGCAGCCCUUGUCCGUUGAUGUCGAUAUCGAAUUGAACUCAUCGUCGGCCUGUUCGUCUUCCAAGUCGAUGAACAAGCUCACCGACUCGUUGUCGCCGUACUUCAGCGCGCACAGUGAGAAGCGGCGGACGGUGAGAAAGGGCGAAUUUCUGUCAUUGUCGGGCACUCGCGUAUACCACAAACUAGGCGAAUUCGAGCAGUCCGAUCAAUCGUACGCCUCAACAAGCGCUCGCGAAUCGGAUUCGAACUCAAAAUCUAUGUCGGAGAAGCGACGCCCAAACAAAACGAAUGACAUCGGACGCGUCGUGGGUCGCCGCCGGACAUUGAAUAGCUGCAGUGCGGCGUUGUUCAGCACUCCCGACAACGAUGAGAAGCCGAUCGUUCAGAAGCGACCACGAACACCGAAAGAGGUAUUCUCACCAAAGGUGGAUCGCAGGAAUUCGGCGUCCAGCCGGACUCCGCUGCUCAAAUCCAUCAAAUCCGAGCCGGUUGAGGGUUUGAGCAGUGAUACGGAACCCGCCGGCGCCUCAAUGGCUGCCGCUGAAGUCGCGCGUCAGAGGAAAAUGAAGGCGAAGAGGGAGAAGAAGUCGAAACGCGAGAAUGGUUGGCAGCCGGAGAAUGAGGCGAUGGAGAACAAGGAGAAUAUCGUCGAUGAUGGCAGUAUUUCGAUCAAUCCUGACCAACGGCGAAUGUUUGAAGAAGUUCGCCGAAAAGUGGCCGAAGAGAUUGAUCGGGCUGAAUCUCAAGCGAGCGAAUAUCAGGAGAAGGCUGACAAAGAGCCGCGACUACCAAGAGCCAUUCGAUUUGGUCAUUACCAAAUUCAGACAUGGUAUUCAUCGCCAUACCCGAUGGAAUACAUUCAUGUGCCAGUUCUGUAUAUGUGUGAUUUCUGUUUGAAAUUCGUCAAAACCGAGAACAAUAUGAUUCAUCACUUGCGAAAAUGCAAGGCUUUUCAUCCGCCGGGUACCGAAAUUUAUCGGAAAGAUCAACUUUCCGUGUUCGAAGUUGAUGGAAACGUUGAGAAAACUUAUUGUCAAAAUUUGUGCCUUUUAUCAAAAUCAUUUCUUGACCACAAAACGCUGUUCUAUGAUGUUGAGCCAUUUUUAUUCUACGUCGUCACCACCGCCGAUUCGGAAGGAUGCCAUUUUGUUGGAUAUUUUAGCAAAGAGAAAUACAGUAUGCAAAAAUUCAAUUUAUCAUGUAUCGUCACAAUUCCGUGCUAUCAAAAACGGGGAUUCGGAAGAUUCUUGAUCGAUUUCAGUUUUUUGCUUUCACGAAAAGAGCAAAUGCCAGGAACCCCGGAACGACCGCUUUCCGAUCUUGGAAGGAUAUCCUAUGCCAGUUAUUGGCGCACAGCUCUAUUUGAAUGGAUUCAUCAGAAUGUGUCAUUGGAGAACAUGUCUAGAUUAUCCAUUACGGAUAUUUCAAAAGGCACUGGAAUCUCACCGUAUGACAUUGCUGAAGUUUUCGAUUCGCUUGGUUGGUUCUCGACAAACUCUAACGGUGAUAACACUCUUGUAAUCGAUUUCGAUAUGAUCAGUGCACAUUGGGAGAAGGUCACAAAGGAUACGUCGCGAAUUUGGAUUGAUGAGAAAUGUCUAAAGUGGACGCCUAAAGCGUUUUCGCCGUCGAAAGAUAAUUUUCGUUCGCCAAUCCGUUCGCCAAUCACACCCAAAAAGAACACUCCGAGUUGCUCAAAAAACGGAGGAGCGGCGACUAGCACACCCAGUGGAGUGUCACUAGCCGCCGUUGGAAGCACUAUCAAGACUGGUUGCGGUGUUACUAAUCGACGACGUCCGCCCGUUGGACGCAAUUUGAGUCAGAAAUUUUCGACAGAAAAUGAGCCGACGACGAGCGGGAUUGAAGCGUCGAAGAAGAAACACGAAAUCGAAAAUUCCACUGAAAGCGAGACCGAAACAUCGGAUGACGAGCAUCUUUUCACGAAAAAAGACCGACGAAAUCGAACUCGAAGGAAAGGGUGCAAAGAGAAGACACAGAGAAGGCCGAAGAAACGCGAUGAUUCACCGGAUAGUGAGAAACGGACGAAUCGGCGAAAAAGUGAUAAUCAUCGAACCGCAGGCUCGGAAUUUGAUGUUACACUGCCAUCAACAUCGUCGAUAACAUAUCGAAAACCGUCGACGAACCAUAGUGGUUCUAAAGGUCGUAAAAACCAUCGAGGAAAACUGAUGUAUGAAGAGGAUGAUGAUGAGAAGUCGACGACAUCAUUGGCGUCAUCGAGCGACUCGGAGUUUGACCUUGAUGAGUUUGAAACAGCGCAGAAAGGUCGGAAAGGAAAACCGCAGAAGGGGAAAGUGCAUCCGACGCAGAAGCAGAAACGGCCGCCGUCGAAAAAGGGGUUAACGAAUGGGAACACGAAUGGGACGACGCCGACUCAGAAGCAUUUGAUACCGAAUGGAUCGCCUAUGUCGCUGAAAGGAUCGAAAAUUUUGACAGCAAAACUUGUUAAUGAGUCUGCUGCUAUGGGAGUCGAAGACUUUGUCGUUCGCAAUGCGGGGCCAUCGAAUCAAUCGGAUCGAAUGCUGACGCCUAGGAAUGGCGACGAAGCACCUCAACCGCCGGCAAGCGAUCCAAAUAUGGGAGCAUGUCCGGAUGCAUCAAGCGCUACGGUCACAUCGGAUAGCAACGAUGAGAGUGAAGCAAGCGAUGUUGAGAUUCAGAGAGAGCAGUCUGUCGACGUGAAUCGGCCAACGCAGCAAAAUUUGGCUCAAGAUCAACAACCCGCCACUCCUAUGUCUUCUGCGAGCGAUGAUUCAGCGGCAACUAGUCGUGUUCCCACCCCUCAGCCCACUGGCGAUGUUAUGGUUAAUAUGGGAUUCGUUUCUGAAGAUGAUGAAGUGAUGUUUGGCCGUCAUUCUGCUGAGAUUGAAGGCCCUCCACCAUUGGACCUUGAAGUGCAGAAUGCACAAGCACCGCCGCCAAUUGACCCACCAGCGGUAUUAGAACCCGACUCGUCUGAAGAAGCACCGCCAAUGCUCGCUGUUCAACAAAUGCCGACAGCCGAGCCGCAUCAUCCAACGAUGGAAGAAUCUGUAUUUCGUGAUGGAUACUCGACUGGCGAUGAUGAUGUUCCGCCACAAUUGUCUCCUAACCUUGGCAAGACAGAACAAGACGAGCUUAGUGAGAAAGAGAAGAUUCUCGAGGCGAUGGAUCGACCUCCAAUGGCGCCGGUCGCCGCUGGGCCAGCAAUUGACGAAGAGGAGAAGUUCUAUCAUCAACAAUUGUCAGCGAACUCGCAUACUGUUCAUAUGAAUGCCAAUGGAAUUGGAUCGGUUGGACAGCCGGGAUCACUCGGACAACCAAACUCGGCGUGCCCACCGAAUAUGAUGACGCCGCAGCAUUGCUACGAGCCGGGCUCGAUUCAGCAAGCGACGCCCGGAAGCGCUGGAGUUCCGUCUUGUGGUCAGAUGUAUAAUCCAAAUCAGACGACACCGGAACAACAAAUUCAACAACAAAACUUUAUGAGUCCCAAUAUUCAACCGAUGCCGUCGUCGGUCUCUUCUGUUCAAUCUGGUCAUAAUAAUUCCAUGGAAAUGGCUGGGCCAUCUUCCAUGCAACAACCACAGCAGCAGCAGCAAUUGACCCCGCAAGGUCCGUUCGGGCAUGAGAUGAUGUCGCAGACGACGCAGCAGCAGUCGGCAAAUGACAAUGGACCAGCACCUCAGGAUUCGCAAAUGCAGCAUAUGCCGCAUUGCCCUCCGAAUCCAUUUAGCAGUCCUGUGAAUCAGAUGCCGCCACAACAGCCCCCGCCGUCGCAGCAGAUGAAUUGCAAUUUGCCGACGAGCAGCGCGGCCGCGAGCACAUCGACGACGAAUCAUCGUAAUUCGGAGAACAAGAAGCGGCAGCAGCAUCAGAAUCACAGACAGGCGGCCGCAUCUUCUGCCCAAGAUCGAAUGAAUUUCCAAAUGCAGCAACAAAUGCAACAUCAGAUGCAAUUCGGACAUCUCGGCGGAUAUCCGCCGUAUCCAUAUUCGGGAUAUCCGAUGGAAAUGUACGCUGGAUGGCAGGGAUGGCAAGGUGCAAUGUUCCCGCAGUAUUAUCACGGAAUGGGAGGUCCAGCUGCUGCCAUGCGAAUGCCGCCGAAUAUGGGGGCUGCGGCGGCUGUGGCGACAACGGGAGCGCCUGGAGCAUGGGCGAGAUAUCCGAAUGGAACUCCAGCAGUGAAUGGACAAAAUGCGGCUGCCAACCAAUUUCCACAUAAUGCGCAAAGCGCGUUUCCUCAAAUUCCCGCCGAUAUCAGCUUCUACAGCAAUCCGUUUUACAUGCCAAAACAAUAG